AUGCAUCCCGAUGACGCAGUGAACCUACUACAACAGGUAUCUCACAUUGAUGAUCAGAACCAAACUGAAGAAGUCGCCAAAGUUCUUGAGUAUCAGCCACUUGCUUUAGCAGCCGCUGCCUAUUAUGUAAAAACCAUUGUGGUCACCGGUUCUCCGAACUACCUCUGGAAAGACUACUUGGAUGCACUUUCCCACGGCAAACGUAAAGUGACAGAAGAACUUCUUGCCAAAGAGAACAUAGCGUAUUCCAAAACAACAACUACUGCCAUUCAAAUGGCAAUUAUGAGAGCUUUAGAAGGUGAUGAAGUUCUUCGAGAAGUAUUGUAUUUGUUUUCUCUUUGCGCAUCUGAGUCUCUUCCGAUGGAAGUUGCCGUUGACUUCGUUAAAUCACGUAUCACGGGACAAUCAGAAGAAUUGAUCAAAACUAAACUUUUUAAAGCUUCCUUAUUGUCUUGUCUGCUAGACAAAGACGGCGCAGAUCCUUUUUAAGGAUGCACAACAUCUCUCAUGAAGUGCUCAAGUCAGUUAUAACAUCUAAAAUUGAUUCAACAGAUAGAAUUCAAUGCAUUUCUAUUGUUAUUAAGAUCUUUAACCGUUUAAUGGCAAAAAAAAACAGGGAUCUGUUACAUUCAAGUGGACAAGUGUUUGCGAAAUUACGUUUAAUUGCGAGUCACUGUAAAGAACUUCGUGUAAUUAUUAAUACCGAUUUUACUAAAUCAAAAAUGUUUCUGGAAUCAAUCACCCCUAGAGAGUUAGUUUUGUGGCUUUCCUCAAGCGCUGAUGUUUGCUGUAGCCUUAGUAAUCCGUCGGAUGCGGAUCUUUUUAAUUCCUCAAUCCGUAAUUUUAUGCAUUUUCUUAACGAUUCCGAAGAAGACAAAUCAUUAAGAGCGGACACCUACAGCAUACAAGGAAAUGUUUACCGUGACCUUUGCCAAUACUCUGAAGCUGAAAAUCACCACAAGAAGGCCCUCGUCAUUAGAAAAGAGAUUUACGAUGAAUACCAUCGUGAUGUAGCAGCAAGCUACAAUAACCUGGGAAUGGUUUACAGGAAACGUGACCAGUACAGUGAAGCUAAAGAAAACCAUGAAAAGGCUCUCGUCAUUAGAAAAAAGAUUUACGGUGAACGCCAUUGUGAGGUAGCAACAAGCUACAGCAACCUGGGAACUAUCUACUGUGACCUUGGCCAGUACAGUGAGGCUAAAGAAUACGGUGAGAAGGCUCUGAACAUUAGAAUAGAGAGUUACGGUGAACACCAUUGUGACGUAGCAGAAAGCUACAGUAACCUGGGAAAUGUUUACCUUGGCCUUGACUCCUACACUGAAGCUAAAAAAAACUAUGAGAAGGCUCUCAUCAUUAGAAAAGAGAUUUACGGUGAACCCCAUGGUGAGGUAGCAACAUGCUACAAUAAUCUCGGAUGUGUUUACUUAAACCUUAGCCAGUACAGUGAAGCUAAAGAAUACUAUGAGAAGGCUCUGAUCAUGAAUAAAGAAAUUUACGGUGAUCAACAUCGUUUGACUGAGAUAGUUUUAGACAACUUGAAGGAAGUU